UCGUGGCAUGUCCACGGGACAGACUGCUACUCAGUAAUAAAAAGGGACAAAUUGGUGAUAAAUGCAAGGAUGUGGAUGAAUAAAUCAUCAUCCCGAGUUAAAAAAAAAAAAGGCUAGGCAAAAAAUACAUCCUGCAUGAUUCCAUUUAUAUAAAAUUACAGAAAAUGCAAACUAAUCUACAGCUUAUCUGGUUGUCCAGAGACUGGGGUAGAAGGAGGGGUGGAUUAAAAGGGGUAUAAGAAAACUUGUGAGGGUGAGGGAAAUGUCUGUUUUCUUGAUUGUGGUGAUGGUGUAUACUUAUAACAAAACCAAACAAAUUAUACACUUUAAAUAUAUAUACUUCAGUAUACUUCAAUUAUAUCUCAAUGAAGCUUUGGGGAAAAGUUACAAUGCCCUAAACUCUAUCUGUUGUUCUUUUAGGAAGCUAAAAGGGAAACAUUCCAAACUAUGGUAAUAAGCAGGCCUUUGGAGCACGAAACAUGAGCCAGCUGCGACCCACCAAGUCUGGACUUUUCGUGUGCACUGCCAUCUGCAUCUUCGUUUUUCUGUAUUUAAGGAAUCCAACUCCCGAGGAGCCAGAGGAGGAACCCAGCUACCCAGUCGUAGUGGAAUGUGGCUUUUACCCAGAUGAACUGUGCUCAGCUUUAUUUGAAGGAAAAGCGGCGGCCCCUCAAAUUGCAAAAUUUUGUAAAAACCCUCAUCGAUCUGAAAUACUCGCUCACUUACACGCCCCGGGAAACUGCUCCAGGAUUUCUGAGGGGUUACGUUUCAUCACCAGACCCCUGUCUGCAGAAGAGGGUAAUUUCUCCUUGGCAUACAUUAUAACCAUUCACAAGGAGCUGGCCCUGUUUGUGCGGCUUCUCAGAGCUAUUUACGUACCUCAAAAUGUUUACUGUAUUCACGUUGAUGAGAAGGCCCUGAAGAAGUAUAAGACUGCCGUGCAAACUCUGGUCAACUGUUUUGAAAACAUUUUUAUUUCAUCAAAGGUGGCUUCUGCUGGCUUUACAAGACUGCACGCAGAUAUUAACUGCAUGAAAGACCUAGUCCAUUCCAAAUUUCAAUGGAACUAUGUCGUUAAUCUUUGCGGACAGGAUUUUCCCAUCAAAACCAACAAAGAAAUCAUAUACUACCUCAGAAGCAAAUGGAAUGGUAAAAAUAUCACUCCUGGAGUAAUCCAGCCACCGAGUGCUAAAUCCAGCACAAAUCAAAGUUUCUCCAGGUUCACCCCUGAAACAAACAUCUACGUAUCUCCAAAUAAAAGAUUCAAAGAGGAACCACCCCAUAACCUGACAAUCUAUUUCGGAAGUGCUUACUAUGUACUGACAAGGAAGUUUGUCGAGUUUGUCCUAACUGACAUCCGAGCAAAAGACCUGCUUCGGUGGUGCAAAGAUGUCCACAGCCCAGAGCGACAUUACUGGGUGACCCUGAACCGUGUAAAAGAUGCUCCAGGAGCCACACCAAAUGCUGGCUGGGAAGGACAUGUUCACGCCAUUAAAUGGAAACACGAGGAGGGAAAUGCUCACGAUGGGUGCAAAGGUCGUUAUGACCAAGACACCUGUGUCUACGGACCAGGAGACCUGCCGUGGAUCAUUCAAACGCCUUCUCUGUUUGCCCACAAAUUCGAGUCCUCUACAGACCCCCUGGCGGUUACGUGCCUGGAGAGGCGGCACAGGCUUAAGGUCCUACGGCAGGCGGACACUCCUGCAGACCCACGCUGGCACUUUCACCAGAACACCCACUUCAACAUGAAACUGAACCACUGAGCUGGAAGUUACACAGAGCGUCUGUUUUCUUAAGCAUAUCUUUGUUGCCCUGACUUGAAAUAAGGGAACGUCUAACCAGAGAAGAAAGGAUGGGAAAAUCAUGCUUUGCCAGUGACUCCAGGGCACUUUUACAGCUGCGGCAAGGAAAGCAUAAAAGAGAGUGAGAAGGAACUCCAGCUACCACUUGUGGCACAUAGGUGUGUGCGGGAAGGCCGAUGCUUCAGCCAACAGCUGUCGCCAACCAAACCUUUCCUGGAUCUUGGAUGGAGAUCCAGGGUCAAGAUGCAGUAAGAACGCACCUUAUUUCGAAGGCCUGUAUGUGAAGCCCUGCUGGCACAGUGGUUAAGAGCUCAGCUGCUAAACAAAUGUUAGCAGUUGGAAUCUUCCAGUUGCUCCUUGGAAACCCAGUGAGGCAGUUCUACUCUGUCCUAUAGCGUUGCUAUAAGUCAGAAUUGACUCGACAGCAACAGGUUUGGUAUAUUAUUGUAUAUAUGAGACAUGAAUAAAAAAUAAAUUUGGAAUGCAACGGAAAAUGCUUCUCUAAAAUGGUCCUCUUUGGUUCAGGAACAAUACGUUGUUCUGGUAAUCC